AUGCACAGCCUCAACACAGCAAUGAACGCCAUCACCACAGAGAUAAGCGUGGAUCUGAACAAACGGCGACCUUUGGAUGGGACGGCUCUUGUCCUAGGUGUCUAUGUUGCAGCGCCGCUGCAUAAAAUGUAUCCAGCGGCAUUGCAAGUGCGCAAUGAACGCAUGAAAACUGUGUACUUCUUUUUAACAGCAGAAUACCUUGGCACUUUUUUGCCGGACAACCCAGAUGCGAUCGUUUAUCCGACCAAUAUUUGUACGUCGGUAAAGGCACCUCAACCGCUGCAACCAGUACAACCGCUGCAGCCGCAACGUUCCCCAAAAUAUUUGAAAAUACCAACAAAUACUAGUUUGUUUCAGACAGACGCCCCAUCAACGUCUGCGGCAGCUGCAGCGGCUGUACAGGCCGCACGGAGCUGUGAGUCGCCGCGAACGCAUUGCUGGCGUACCGAAUCAGUGCUACACUUCUUCGUCGAUACAUGGCUGCGCUACGACAUCGAUGAGGCGAGGGACCUACCAAGCAGCGAGUUUAUACGCGUUGUGCGCAUACUUGUAAAGCAAGUGCACACAUUCGCUAAUUCGAUGCACAUGGAUCAUACUCCGAUGGCGAUACUUCGCAAGCUGGCUCAUCCAAUGAUGAAAACUCGCAUAUAUCCUUUCUUAAAAAGCAUUAUAGGUCGCUGGCCGCUAGACAGUUCAUUGUCAGUGGUUCUAGAAUUAUGGCUGAGCUAUAUUCAACCUUGGCGUUAUAUGUUCGAUUUACAAAAUACAAACCUCUAUGGUGGUGGCAAUUUUAACGCAGCGACUAGUGCUAGUGGUAUGAUGCCUAGCUCCACUGGAAGUGAAACGUCCGUGAGUCAACGUUUCAGUACAUUUAUAGCCGAGAAUUUGGUAAUAUAUACGCAGGUCUUUGUAUAUAUAUUACCACGCUUUGAGCGACUAGAUUUCACAUCGUUCAGAAAUGUUAUUAUGCUGCACAGAUUGGUAAAGGUUUUUAACCAGCCUAAUCUGCCAACAAUGUUAUGCCAAGCAGAGCAAGCUUACAUUUGCCAACUUGGUAUUGACUCGCCCAGAAAACAUUCAGUUUACUCCAGGCACGGCAAAAAUGAAUGGGAUGGUAUGUUUCAUGAAGAAAGCUAUACGCCACUUUUUGGUUCAGCUGUGAAAUGUGAAAUCGAACAAGUAAUCAAAACAGUUUGCAUAUCACGUUUAUAUGUGCUACAGGAAAUCGAUAGCAUACGACAUGAUAUUGUGAAACAACGUAAGUCGCAUGGCUUUUUGCGUAAAAUGUUUGCCAGCCUCUUUGAGGACGUCUCACCGGCGGAAUUGAAAUUACAAGAGAUUGGUAAAAUACCAGAUAUACUCGAUUAUUUGGCACAUAUACCGCAACACAGUCACAGUUUCGAAUAA